AUACGCGACUCCCAGCGCCAGAUAAAAGUAUACCCAGACAAUCAAGAAGUUCCACAUCGACAGCACAUUAUCAGCUAAGCACCAAAUGUAUAAAAGAAACGUGAAGAGCAAUUUUAGAGCAUCAGUUCUACAGUUGAAGCAAACGGUCUGCCGAAUAAUAUAAGUUCUAAAUUCUCAAAUCCGGUUCUUAAAUUAAUUCAAAACUAAAAAUGAAACCAAUCCAAAUCCUCGUGGGACUCAUUUAUCUCUUUUGUCUACUUCACGAACUCCUCGCAGCGCCAACUGAUCCUUUCGCAUUGGAACUAGAGGAAGAUCUACAUCUGUCUCUGCAGCAGGAGCAGCCGGGCUUGGUGUUACAUCGUCAGAAACGUGCAACUUGCGAUCUCCUGAGCGCUUCGUCUUUGUCAGCUGCUCUUUGUAAUGCCCACUGCUUUUUCAUCGGUAAAGGUAGCGGUAAAUGUAAUCGGUAUGGUGUUUGCGAGUGUAGUAAAUGAGGAACACUGUAGUGGUUUAUAAUGGAUGACGAGGGAUAUCUUUUUUUGCCAAAAACUUUCAAUAAUAAAAUACAUAUGAAUAAAAAACAAAUAUAAAAAUAUAUGUGAAUGUGAAUAUUAUUCGAAUCUGCUUCGCUACUAUAUUUGUAAUAUUAUUACGUAAAGGAAAGUUAGGAAAA